AUGGCGACCUCAUCAGCCAGAGACAUCGCUAUUAUCGAAAUACCUGAGAGAAGAUCAUCUGUCCAAACAACCAACACAGACAAUACCGAAGAUGGCGAACUUUAUACCAGUUUUUCGAACCUUAGAAAAAGAAGAAAAUCGCUAGCUCAAGCAAGUCAUGCGAAAAAUAAGAACAAACAAAAAACAGAUACAGAUACUUUCGACAUUGAUGAAUUCAGAGAUACUGCAAACGAUGACGAGGAAACCAUGACGCAAUUCAACACACCUGCUCAGAUAUUCCAAUAUAUUCAAAAACAGAAAUACGUUAUACGGAAUAUGAGAGAUCAACCCUGGCGGAUGAAGACUAAAAAGAAAGCAGUGAAAUCUGCUCAUAACUGUGUCCGAAUGUUUGAAGGACGGCUAUCAAAACGACAGGGAUAUCAAGAACAAGGGGCGAAGCUGUUUUCAAGUGCAGAUCCGAAUGACUCCCCAAGAAAGCAACUCCCUGACGAAGAUACGGAUACUGCAAUGGAUCUUGAGACAGUAUGGGACUUAAAUGGUUACUUAAAAUACUCUAUGUUGUUUUAUGGUUGGUAUAGCCAUAGCCCAUCAAACGAUAAUGGAUACCGACUGCCGUUAGCAUAUCUGCUGGUUGGAAUUGCUACAUAUGCCGUCAGUUUUCUGAUAAUUUUACGAAGAAUGGCUCAGAAUUCUAAAAUGAAUAAAAUCUCCAGUCCAGAAGAACAGUUUUCAUUUUCUUGGAAGUUAUUUACGGGGUGGGAUUACAUGAUUGGUAAUCCAGAAACAGCCGACAAUACGGUUGCUGCUAAUGCCACGGGAUUUAGGGAAUCGCUAAUAGAAUUGGAGGAAAAAGAAAAACAGGAAAAGAGCACUCCACUCACUAUAUUCCUACGAGUGUUGGCAAAUUUCUUGGUGUUAAUUAUACUUUGUGGUAGCGGUUACGUCAUAUACCAAGUCGUGUUGAGAUCACAAGAGUUUGAGAAGGUUGAGGAUAAAUCACAGUUGAACUGGUGGCAAGUUAACGAGGUAUCGAUCGUGGUGACGGGAAUUGGAAUAAUAUGUCCUAAUGUAUUUGAGUUGAUUGGAGCAAUGGAGAGUUAUCAUCCGAGGAAAGCUCUACGAUGGCAACUCGCAAGGAUUAUGGUGUUGUAUAUGGGAAAUCUGUAUACCUUAAUAAUAGCAUUAUUGGGAAGAGUGUCAAUGUUGACGAGGAAUUCUAAAGCCAAUUAUGAUGAAACUGCAGCCCAUCGUGAAGCAUUGUCGGAAGCCUUGACAGGAUGGUUGAACGCCACUUUUGCUGCGAAUGAAACAGAUCUGCUGGGUCAAAGAAACGACACGAUUGAUAACUUACAAAACAACCUCACAGUUAUCGACGAACAAUUAAACACCCUGGGGCCAGAUGAUUGUUGGGAGACGUAUGUUGGACAGGAAUUUUUCAAGUUGGUGUUAUUCGAUGGCUUAGCAUUGGUUCUUGGAAUAUUGGUUGGCGAUUAUUUACGUGCAUUAUUGGUUCGAUAUCUGAAUGGAUGUUGCUGUUGUGAUCUUGAAAAAAAAUUUCCAGAAUAUCCAGAAUUUAAAAUUGCCGAGAACGUUCUACAUCUAGUGUACAACCAAGGCAUGGUUUGGAUGGGAUGUUUCUUCGCACCUUGUUUACCAGCAUUUAAUGUACUAAAGUUAAUCGUCACUUUUUACGUACGUGCUUGGGCGUGCAUUGUUUGCAACGUGCCACAUGAAAGAGUUUUCCGUGCAUCCGGGUCGCACAACUUCUACCUGACCCUGUUGUUAGUUAUGUUAUUUCUGUGUGUCUUGGCGUUUGGCUAUGCAAUCGUCGAUAUCACACCGUCGUAUAACUGUGGGCCUUUCAGCGGCUACAACAGUAUACUGGACAUUUUAGGCAAUAGUAUGGAAGAAACCUUUCCCCCGUGGUUGAAUGCCGUAAUCGAUUAUAUAAACACAGCUGGUGUUGUCGUUCCUCUGAUACUACUGCUUUCGAUGAUAAUUUACUAUUUCUGGUCAGUAUCUGGAUCGUAUAAGGAAGCAAAUAACGAGUUGCGUAUCCAAUUACUGUAUGAAAGGUCAGAGAACAGGAAAAAACUGUAUGAGGUAACGUCAUCUAAGAACGAAGAACCAAAAGUUGUGAAAGAUCAACCACGCCCAAAGCACGGUGUACAUGUCAUGCCAAAAGUGCCAACAGAUCAUAAACUGCGAAUCAUGAACGCCGCCGCUGAUAAGGAGAAACCUGUGCAACAACAGAAUGGUGGGCCAAAGACAUUAGCCAUGAGUGCCGGAGUAGUGGAAAGCUCUGAUGACGUCAGAUACAUACCAUUGCCUACGGGACAACAACUGAUGGUGGUCAAACAUUCCGGAUCACCCAUUCAUCAACAACCUACACGAAUAAAUGUUGCUGCUGACGAAGAUAUCGUUGUACCCCAGGGAAUGAGGGCCAGGUAUUUUUUCAAAGGACAGCCAGUCAGCAAAGAUGUGUGGAUGCAGUUAAAAGCAAGGGCUAUGGAAAUUCAUGGUAAGAAGCUUGCCCACAUAAGUGUUAUACCAGGCUCCCCUGCAGGCAGCAGUGAUAAUAACAUGAACAAUCCGAACAACAAAGCAGUAUCGCAUACAUUGCAAGAUUUAAUAAUUGAACAUAAUCGUCUUGAUGUCCAGUCGGAGGAUCUUAGGAGUGGUCCAAGUGAACUACAAAAUGCAACAGAACACAUGCCUGUUGAGAAUAACAUUGGUAGAACUAUCAAUGGGCAGGAACACGAGGUUGAUAUUCAUAAUGACGUUUCUGAAAGUCUUGUUGAACAGCUCGAUGAAGAAACAGCCUUGGAGCAAAAAGUGAUUCCAACUGUAAUCCCAGCUGUUGAAAAUGGAAAACGAGAUCGUAUCCAGCAGUGGAUACAAGAUAGUAAUGUGAGGAAGAUAAUUCCAGAAACAACAGAUAGUGAAACGGAUGUGGAAACUCAGACAGUGAAAAAAUCUCCAGCAAAGAGACGCAAAGAACCAGACGGCCAGGAAAGUAUCAAUGAUCUCCAUAAGCACAAAGUGCAGCCCCCUACAAAAUCCAAUGCUUCAACAAGUCACUGUGUGGCAGAGGUGUCAGAUAAAGUCAAAGAUAGUAGUUCUUCAUCAAAACAAGUGGCUGCAUUUUCAGAGAUUGUUUCUCAAAGGGAAGAAGCAUCUGAGUCUAGCUCCUUGCAGCUAAUUAUGAAUCAAAAGGGGGUUAGUGACAGUAACCAAGAAAAUAUUCAUAGGUCACAAGAUGUCAGUCCUAGACAGACAGUGCCAUUGAAGAAUGACCUAGAAAAAAGUAAUGUUCACUCGAACGAGAAGCACCUUAGAAGACUGUCCAAGCGCAGUACGAAGGGUCUUACAAUAAGUGAUGAUGUAAAACCUGAAGACGUCAGUCUUACACAGACAGCGUCAUUGAAGAAUGACUUAGAAAUGAGUGAUGUUCACUCAAACGAGAAGCACCUUAGAAGACUGUCCAAGCACAGUACGAAAGGUCAUACAAUAAGUGAUGAUAAUGACUUAGAAAUGAGUGAUGUUCACUCAAACGAGAAGCACCUUAAAAGACUGUCCAAGCACAGUACGAAAGGUCAUACAAUAAGUGAUGAUGUAAGACCUGAAGACGUCAGUCUUAGACAAACAGCUUCAUUGAAGAAUGACUUAGAAAUGAGUGAUGUUCACUUAAACGAGAAGCACCUUAGAAGACUGUCCAAACGCAGUGCGAAGGGUCAUACAAUAAGUGAUGAUGUAAAACCUGAAGACGUCAGUCUUAGACAAACAGCUUCAUUGAGGAAUGACUUAGAAAUGAGUGAUGUUCACUUAAACGAGAAGCACCUUAGAAGACUGUCCAAGCGCAGUACGAAGGGUCAUACAAUAAGUGAUGAUGUAAAACCUGAAGACGUCAGGCUUACACAGACACCGUCAUUUAAGAAUGACUUGGAAUUGAGUGAUAUUCACUUGAACAAGAAGCACCUUAAAAGAGAGUCCAAGCGCAGUACGAAGGGUCAUACAUUAAGUGUAAAACCUGAAAAUACUUGGCAAGUCAAUAAAGUUAAAAGGGACAGUGUACGUGAUGAUGAGGAUGAAGAUGAUAAUGUACAGUGGACACAUAUGUCAAAGAUAGAUGAAUUAGGGUUAUUAGAGACGCACAGUAUGCCUUCUUAUUAUGAAAAUCCAAUGUACAGCGCUGAUGAUGAAGUAACUGAGCCGAGAGCAUCCUUCUCCGAUAAUUACAUCAGUGAUGAGGUAAGAGUUGGCUUUGCAGCACGGGAUAACCUGUUGAGCAGCAUCAAAUCCCUGAGGAAUCGUCAUGAAGACAGUGACAGUAUUACUAGCGACCAUUCUACUAACGCCAUAAGGGAUACAUUCAAUGCUGCGAAGGAUAAACAACAUUCUGUCAGCGAAUCAUUUACGUAG